CUCUCUCUCUCUCUCUCCUCUUCUCGUCCUCCUCAUCUCGUCGAGCCGGAGAGGCUUCCUCCCCCGUCCCCGUCCCGCGAAACCGAGGAUUUGUUAAUAUCGAGCGCGUUCUAGCUAGUACCGUGCCAAAAUGGCCGACGUUUAGUCGUCCCUUAGUUCGGAUUUAACACGGCCUGCCCUCAUCGCACUCUCUUUCUCUCGGCCGUUUGUUUACACAUCGCUCCAACAAUCGUGUUUUAUUUCGUGGACCUCGUGCGACAUCGAGAUAUCGCGUGCGAAGCGGCGCGAAAGUAACGUUCCGGAUAAAUUCCGUCUAAUUAAAAUCCAUUGUCGAGUUCAGGAGUUCGAUCGCGCGUAUUAAUCUUCAAACGAGCACUUCCUGUGAAGCUAAAAAAUGCCGAAGGGGCGUCAGACGUGUAACUCGAGAUGAAGAAACAUUUAGGCCGGUAUUCAUAGUCAGCUCUUAUCACGGGAUGCUCUUACAAAUGAAUGUAUCGUCUUGGAGUACUAAUACAACUUUGUGAUUUUUCUUUAAAUGUACGACUCGCCGACUACGAAAUGCCAAUACCUUAAAAGCACGUGUAACUUCGUCGCGAGAAAAAACGUGAUCGCGGCGACUUUGAAGGCGCUCGACGGUAGACGCGACGGAGACGCGCUGCAUGCCGAUAGCAACUAAACAGCUGACUGUUCUAAAACCGCGCUUAAACAAGCAAACGGCAGGCCGCGAAACAGCGGCGAAUCAAUGCGCGACGGUACCAGAGACGAUUGCUAUACACGCGCAGAUCGGAUCGGAUCGGAUCGGACCAGUCUCGGCUGGACUGGCUUGGUUUGGGUAAAUUGGACAAAGAUCGGCGCGCUUCGUCCGCGAAGCGAAACCGAGCUGAUUAGACGCCGCGAGAGCGGAGAAAGGAAAAAAAAGAGAGAGAAAAACAUGUCCGCGACGAACGAGGCAACUACGGUGUUGCUGAAGAAGAGGGAGAGGACGCAGAACUGGAUCCCGGAGGAGAAGAGCGCCCUGCUGGCUCUGAUCAAGCACCAUGCGAACGCGAUCGAGAACAAGAAGAUCGAUGCGGCCGCGUCCGCGAUGAAAUCUCUCGCCUGGCAGCAGAUCUACUGCGCUUUCCGCGGCCGGUUCUCGGCGGAUCGGGACAUCACCAGGAUCAGGGAACAAUGGCGAAGGAUGAAGGCGCAAGCGAGGAUGGAGUUGUACACAUAUGCCGAGAAGGUGCGAACCUUAGGACCGGAAGCGGCCGAAAAGUCUCGUCCAUCGAGUCUGUCGAUCGAGGUGUGGCGGCUGAUGGAGAGCAUGCGCAAGAACGAUUGUGAAAUCGCCGAUCGUUCGGAUGACAGUAGUCAGGAUAACGAGAAUCCGACGAGUCGGACGUCGAUCCAUGCGAUCUUGGAUAAAUUAUUACCCACACCGGAAACGUCAGGGUCGAGUCAGGAAAUCAAGAUGGAGAUCAACAGUGAUAUCGAGGAUGAGAAUAGUCACGGUGAAUUAUCACAGAAAGCGUCGGAAGAUGGUUUUUUGCAAAAUCAAAAACGUCCCAAGAUUACGAUCGAGGAUGAGCCUAUAGAUCUCAUGGAGCAAAAAAUCAUCUAUUCUGACAGCAUAUCAACGUCCCGCGUUGACAAUGGUACUCCACAUAUUUCUUUCCUUCUUUCAAUGCACGCGCGCAAAUGGACAUUAGAGGGAAUGUUUUAUUUUCAAGCGGCGGAGCACAACGACGCGAGAAAUGAGCCGUCCGUGGACUGGAACGAUGGUCCAACGACUUGCGAUCGGGAUAAAUCGAUGCAGCGGGCGACGUGGAUCUUCAAGUCCACCCAGCGCGAGCACGAGCUCAAGUUGCGGAUGUUGCACAUCGAGCUGGAGCGCGCGGAGCUACAGAAGCAGACCGCUGUCAAUGAGCUAAAGACAUCCGAGCUCAAGAAGCAGCUGAUGCAGGACCAAGCCGAUGAAUACUACAGGUGUCGAGUCGAGGAAUUAAUUAAUUCAAGACAGAAUUGUCGGUUAAGCAAAGUUCCAAGCUGUAUCCGUCAUUCCUAAUCUUUAAUCUUUUCUUCCCUGCGAUGAAACAUCAACGGUGCCAUUCACGGCGUAACGAAGCACCACGGAUGAGAAUUAAUCGAUUAAGAUGAUCGAAGUUUGAUUCAAGUUUGACCGAGGUUAUCCCUCCAUUUUCUGAACGAAUUACCGGUAUAUCGACAUCAGUUUGGGACGACAUUAAUCCUGACAUAAAUUUAGAUUAAUUUAAUUGACGAUUAAUUCAAUUGGCAUUCGAGGCAUUUUUUUUCUCUAUAUAAUUCGUUAUUGUCUGAUAGCAUCUAGUCCCUUUUUUCCAUCUAUUUAAGAACAAAGAAAAAUUGAGCCUAAUUAUAUUAAUCGCUUAUUGAUGCCAUCCUGAUUGAUAGCGUCCUAAU